UGUUUCCUUUGUGAAUCAGAUGAUAGUGCAGAGUACUGAAACGCACAUGUCGUAAGUAAUUUUCCACAAUCACUUUAUUCUUAACUGUCACAACGGAUUCUCGAAACGUAACCAUGUCAUCUGGUGACUACUCGGACUUGCGAGAGAGAACAAUAUUCUUCUUAGGAGUUCUAUCGGUAGCCAUUAUUCCAUUCAUUUUAACAGGAAAUCUACUCGUCUUAAUAUCGCUGGUUAAAUUUAAAUUUCGAUUUCGAAAUGUUACGAACCUUUUCGUCGGCUCCUUGUCUGUUGCAGAUUGUCUUUUAGCAGUUUUGACCUUACCAGUUUAUGUGGCCUUUUAUUUUGAUGGGGACAGAUUGGCUUCAAUCAAGUACCUCUGCAUUUGCAAAUAUUCUUCUGUCGUCUGUUCAAUGAGCGCCUCUCUCACAAGUCUUGUGGCCAUUGCAGCGGACAGGUAUAUUGCAAUAAUUCAUCCACUGAAGUAUCCAUCCGUAAUGACCAGAAAGAAAGCUUUCGUUGUCAUAUUUGCCAUAUGGAUCUACAAUUUGUCGUUAUUUGUUCUCCCCUUCUUCGUCAACAAUUACAGCGAGGAAACAAAAGAAUGCGAUUUUUUCAAGGUUUUGCCAAAGGCGUAUUCUAUGAGCAGUACAUUUGGAGCCAUAUUUGUGUGUCUUGCUUCGACUCUGUACAUGUACAUCAGAAUUUUUGUUGUAGCUCAGAAACAUAGAAAAAGAUUAGAUAAAUACAGAAAAAGUACGAAGUCCAGCUUAGAUCGGAAGUUUGAGAAAGAUGCAAAAUCAGCCAAAACAAUGGCCCUGAUUUUGUUUCUCUUUUUCCUUUUUUGGAUACCGUUUAUGGUUGCCGGACCACUUAAAUAUCUUAAUCUUGAAAAGGAUCUUAUUGAAUCUAUUAAAAGCAUGGCUGUUUUUAUAGCAAUGUGUAAUUCUGGAGUCAAUCCGGUUGUUUAUUGUUGGAUGAGGAAAGAUUUCCGAGCAGCAUUUACAGCAUUGAUAAAGUGUUAUGAUCGCACGAAGAGUGAGGAAAUUCUGAGGGAAGCAUCAACAAAUUCUACAGAGGAUAGACAGAAGAACGAAAACAGAAUCAGUCUUAAAGAAACUCAGAAAAAGCUUGAUUUAAAGACGAUUUGUUAUACACAGAAUAGUUGUACCGAUUCGAAUGUAGAUCUUAACGGGAAAUAUAUCAAGAUAGACGAGGCCAAUGUGACAACAGUUUGAACUAACGUUUGUUUUAACUUGAAGUUUUUUAUUGGUUGAAAGGUAAUAUUUUUCGUCAAAUGUUUUGUAAUAUUUUAUCUCAAUGUUUAUAAUAUAUUCGUUAAAUUCAAUUGAAAUCCAUCUACAUUAUUUUUUAUAUAAUGCUAGUAAGUUAGAAUAUUUUUAU